UUUCUUGGCCUGAUCUGUUUAUGAUGCUCCAAGAGACUUAUGAGCAAGAUAAUUACCAUUAAGAGAUGAACCCAUGACUAUGGGGGACUGGAACUUGCUGGGCAGCAUUUUAGAAGAAGUGCACAUUCAUUCUACCAUCGUGGGCAAAAUCUGGCUCACCAUCCUUUUCAUAUUCCGAAUGCUGGUUCUCGGCGUAGCUGCCGAAGACGUUUGGGACGAUGAGCAGGCGGAGUUCAUUUGCAACACGGAGCAGCCUGGCUGCAGCAAUAUCUGCUAUGACAAAGCAUUUCCCAUCUCCCUCAUCCGCUAUUGGGUGCUACAGGUCAUCUUUGUCUCCUCCCCUUCCCUCGUUUACAUGGGCCAUGCACUUUACAAACUCCGGGCCCUUGAAAAAGAGAGGCAGCGGAAGAAAGCCCACCUCAAAGCCCAGCUAGAAGAGAUUGAGCCGAUACUAGAAGAACACCGGAGGAUAGAGAGGGAGCUGCGGAAGUUGGAAGAGCAAAAGAGGGUGAACAAGGCACCCUUGCAAGGGGCCUUGCUGUGUACUUAUAUCUUGCAUAUCCUGACCCGGUCCGUCUUAGAAGUGGGCUUUAUGGUAGGUCAGUAUCUUUUAUAUGGGUUUCAAAUGUAUCCGCUUUAUAAAUGCACUCGCCCACCCUGCCCUAACACUGUGGAUUGUUUUGUAUCCAGACCAACAGAGAAGACUAUCUUCAUGGUUUUUAUGCAUGGUAUUGCAGCCGUUUCUUUGUUUCUCAAUGUCUUGGAGAUUGUCCACUUGGGGAUCAAGAAGAUUAAAAAUACCCUUUGUAAGAAACCCAAGGAGACGCUUGUAGCUGCUGCUGAGGAUGCUAACCUUUCAAACACCAAGAAAAAUUCGGUGAUCCAGAAAGUUUGCAUGAUGACUAACUCAUCUCCCCAGGGGAGUUUUAAAUUUAUGCCAGAGAAGCAAGUGGGCCUGCCGGUUUACUUGACUCCUGAAGGAGGAUACACACCUACAGAACAAAACCAGAACCCAAUCAAUGUGGAGCAACAGUGGUGCAGUAACCAGAGAAGCAGGCCUGGUCAGUACCAGCACCAGGACCAGCUCCAGCACCUCUACAGACAUUCAGAACAUCCUAAUGAACGUGAGGAGCACCACAACAGGCAUCUUCCCAAACACCUCCCAAACCUCACGGGUCAACGGCAUGACUAUCAACAUCAGAGUGUGUCUUCCAGCAGUGAGGACAUUCAGAAGCCUCCGCAGCAGGGCAUCAACAGCUAUCGGAAGAAUGAACAGUAUGCACUGGAACAUUCGAAGAACUCGCAACAUGCCAUGAAAGCUUCCAUUGUCCCAGGUCAUAUGGAGAGCCCCCAAUCUAUUCUUCGGAAGCAGAGCCGGGUGAGCGGCUGCAAGGACUUAGGAGAUGAACGGUGUGACUCUCCAGACAGUGGGCAUUAUCAGAACCAAAAGUCCAGCUUUUUGUCCAGGGUAUUGUCAGAGAGCCACCUGGACACCGACUCAGACACAUCAGACUCACGGAAUGGUUCUGGCUCGGAAGCUAAACGCAGGGAAGAUAGCAGUCCUCCAAUCACACCACCACCUCCUUCCACAAUGGGACGCAGAAUGUCAAUGGCAAGUAGACCCAAGCGGCCUUCCUUCUAUACCCUGCUAGUGUGA